AUGGGAUGGAAGAAUCGCAAAAAGUGCGAAAAGGAGCUUCCGUCCGGAGGCAGGAUCGUGAGAAGGUGGGAAGAUUAUUCCGUGCUGCUGUUAGGGGUGCACAAAGGAUCUGGAAGGAAAUCUAACGUGAACCAGACCCCGGUUAGUGGCAAAAUUCAUAAGCGCCCGCGCCAGCCGUUCCGCGCGGGGUUGGGGCGUGGGCGGUCACGUGAGGGGCCCGGGCCCCGGGCCUCGGCCGGCGGACAAGAUGUCGGAGCGGCUGCCGCCCGCUUCCAGGUGGUGGUUCUCGGCACCGGCUUGCCUGAGUCCAUCAUAGCAGCCGCGUGUUCCAGGAGCGGGCAGAGGGUCCUCCACGUCGAUUCAAGGAACUACUAUGGAGGGAACUGGGCCAGUUUCAGUUUUUCGGGCCUGUUGUCGUGGCUGAAGGAAUUCCAGGAGAAGAGCAACCGGGGUGAAGAAAGGGCCGGGUGGCAAGAUCUCCUCCUUGAAACGGAAGAAGCCAUUGCUCUGAACCAAAAGGAUGAAACCAUUCAACAUGCAGAGGUUUUUUGUUAUGCCAGCCAAGAUCCAGAGGAGGAGGUGGAAGAAGCGGGGGCCCUGCAGAAGAACCCCGCCUACGGCGCCCCCCUAAACUCUGCCGCCGCUCAGGGCCCUCCGUCCCCACCGGAGGAGGGCCCCUCACCCGAGACGGAGAGCCGGGAGGCGGCCGAGGAGAGCCGCGUCGAGGAGAGGCCGCCGGAGGACGGAUGCUCCGGCGAGGCGGCGCCCGCCCGGCCCGCCCCUUCGGGAGACGCGCCCCCCGAGGAAAACCGGACCCGACGGCCCAGGAGUAGCCCCAUCACCUACUCCCAGAUCGUGAGGGAAGGAGGCGGUUUAACAAUCGACCUAGUGUCCAAGUUGCUUUAUUCUCGAGGACCGUUAAUUGAUCUUCUCAUCAAAUCAAACGUCAGUCGAUAUGCCGAGUUUAAAAACGUCACCAGGAUUUUGACCUUUCGAGACGGAAGAGUAGAACAGGUGCCGUGCUCCAGAGCAGACGUCUUUAACAGCAAGCAACUUACUAUGGUCGAGAAGAGAAUGCUGAUGAAGUUUCUUACCUUCUGUUCGGACUACGAGCAGCAUCCCGAGGAAUACCGAGCUUACGAGGGACGUACCUUUUCUGACUAUUUAAAGACUCAGAAACUAACCCCGAACCUACAGCAUUUCAUCCUCCAUUCCAUCGCGAUGACGUCGGAGGCGGCCACCCCGACCCUGGAAGGUCUCAGAGCCACGAAGAACUUCCUUCAGUGUCUUGGGCGCUAUGGCAACACUCCCUUUUUGUUCCCUUUGUACGGCCAAGGAGAGAUCCCCCAGUGCUUCUGCAGGAUGUGCGCGGUAUUCGGAGGAAUCUACUGCCUUCGCCAUUCGGUCCAGUGCCUCGUAGUGGACAGAGAAUCUGGAAAGUGCAAAGCGGUUAUCGAUCACUUUGGUCAAAGAAUAAAUGCCGACUAUUUCAUCGUGGAAGAUAGUUACCUUCCGGAGAAAAGCUGCUCACCGGUGCAGUAUGGACAGAUCUCCAGGGCUGUGCUCAUUACAGAUCGGUCAGUGAUGAAGGCGGAAUCGGACCAGCAGAUUUCCAUUCUGACGGUUCCCCCGGAGGAGGCGGGGCAUCCGGCCGUCCGGGUCAUCGAGCUGUGUUCCUCCACCAUGACGUGCAUGAAGGGCACCCAUUUGGUCCAUCUGACCUGCACGUCCUCCGGAACGGCAAGAGAAGAUUUAGAACCGGUGGUGCAGAAACUUUUCCGCCCAUACGACGAGACCGAGCCAGGAAAUGAAGACGCGGACAAGCCCGGCAUUCUGUGGGCUCUCUAUUUCAACAUGAGGGACUCUUCCGGCAUCGCCAGGGACUCGUAUACCGAUCUACCGUCCAACGUCUACGUUUGCUCUGGACCCAGCGGGGCUUUAGGCAGCGAUCACGCGGUCAAGCAGGCCGAGAGCCUGUUCCAGCACCUGCUCCCCAACGAAGAGUUCUGCCCGCCUCCACCCAACCCGGAAGACAUCGUCUUCGACGGGGCCGGGAGCCAGCCGGAGGAUCCCGGAUUUGACCACCCGUCCACCCCCGAGUCAGAGACCCCCGAGGGCGGCCCGGGGCCGGAGGGCGGCCAGGAGGGCGAGGGCAGCAAGCUCCCGGAAGAAUAGGCAAGCGCUAGCCCGGAGACUCCUCCCACACCUCCACUGACCCGGCCCCGGCCUCCGUCCGACCUCCGCUGCGGAAGCCCGGUUCCAGAUCGACCUCCACCCACCUCUCGGUCGUGAAUUCGCAACUUGGUAAAGGCGAGUCCGGCGGGGAGGUGGUCCUGUUCCAAGGAGAGUCCGGGGACGCCCGCUUCCUCGGCACCUCGCAGAGGGCCAACCGGUGGCCGUUCCUCGGCCGAGGGCAGGGUGACCAGCCUCCCGCGGACCACGCCUUCUGGGGCCGGGGGCGCCGAGGGAGGGAAGGGGGGCCUUUGAUUGUCUUUUGAGGUCUCCAGACCACAUUUCCUCCACUUGCUCCAAAUGGCGUUCUCUUCCUGAAAGGAGGAAAGUGAAGUUCCCCUCCAAGUCGGGUUCGUACGAAUCAGAAGGAAUAAAAUGACAUAGUCCAGUCGGCCUGAAAUAAAGUCCGUGUCCCUAUUUGA